GUGGUAGCUGUGUACAUCACGUACAAUGAACGCUUUACAGUCUUACUCCAGCGAUGAUGAACCUACCAGCGACCCACCACUACAUAAAAUACGCAAAAAUGUUGACCCUGGCACUAACUAUGACAACGUGGGAAUGGACAUAAGUGAGGACUCGGACGAUGACCAGCCGCCCCAGCAACACCAUCACCACCACCACAACCACCACAAAGACAAAGGGAGAGCAGCAACCACGAGUUGUGGUGGGCGGCCCCCAGGAGCCUCGUCUCUACCCUCUCCGGCACCCUCGCCGCUCUCUGCCACUGCCACUAAUGAGACACACAAGUUGCACACUGAAGCCAAAGAUGGUCCUCGCUCCAGUCUUCAGGAACGCUUGUUGGGUUUAGCUAGUGGUGGAACACAGCGGUCCUCACAAGAUGACCGGGGUGCACCCAGGGAGAGAAGAGACAGUCGCACAAGUCCCUCACAAGACAGGGAAGGCCACUCCCGCAGAAAAUCUAAGUCCCCAAACCUUAAGUCACCCAAGUCUCCGAGGCCUCGGUCACCUGCUGGAGGCAGCAACAAACAUAGGACAAGAUCACGGUCCAAGUCACGAGAGAGGGAGAGCCGGCCAUCUCAGCAGGGACGAGACCACUCUGGCAGGAGUCAUGGAGGCAGAGAUCAAGUUAGUCAAGGACACAGCGGUCGAGGUCGGGAGAGCAGAGAAGGUCGGAGAAGUCGCGACGACGACCGUAAGCGUCGGGAUGAAGACCGGCGCAGCAGACGCUCUCGCUCUCGGUCCAGGUCACGAGAGAGACGCAGGUCACGCUCCAGGUCCAGAGACCGCAGGUCAAGGUCGAGGUCACGGGACAGACGUCGACGCAGUCGCAGUCGUGAGAGAAAGAGACCAAUGGACAUCAGGAAAGAGGCCCAGCAGAAGCUAGCACUGUUGAAGGCUGCCAACCCAGACUUGACAGCUGCCGAGCUGCUGAAGCGCAGCAUGGAGGCCCAGAUGGUAGAGGUACAGAAACAAACAGGUAUCGCUCUUCCUUCCUAUUAUAACCCAGCAGCCAUGAACCCCAUGAAGUUUGCUGAACAAGAACGUAAGAAGAAACUUCUCUGGGGGAAUAAAAAUAAAGCAGCAGACACACCUGCUGGCAACAGUGCAGCAGAAGGAGCAGCAAGUAACACCCCAGCCUCUCUCAACCUCCACCCUGGUGGAUCUGGAAUGGGUGGAAUGGGAUCAGGAAUGAACAGCUUACGUCCUAAUUUGGGUGGAGAAUGUGCAGCUUCAGCAGCUGCAGCAGCAACAGCAACAGCAACAGCAGGCAGCACUGGGGCCAGCAGCGGCCAAGCUGCACUCUGGGCCAACACUAGGUUCUCUAAUGACAGAGACGGCAAGAUGGCAGAGAAGUUUCGCAGACUCAUGGGUGUUAAAAGUGCAGACACUGCAGUAGCAGCACCUUACAUGUGCUCCCCACCUGCCUCCAGCAAGCUAGACGGGCCACCACGGUACCCGAGCUCGGCACCUACCACCAGGAGGAUAGGUGAAAGUGCACCGGCUGGGAACAAGGAAAGUUGUGUUGGCGGCAGCGGUGGCAGAGAGAAUCCUGGGAUGGAUAUCCUGCAGAAACAGGAGACCAUGUUUACCUCGAUGGAGAGACAGUACGAGAUGGCAAGAAUUGCCACACAUACCCACAAAGGCUUUGGUCUUGGCUUCACCAGUCAAUCAUUCAUGCCCAAGUAGCAGCGCUCUCCUAUUACCAUCAUCGCAGGGAAGUGCUAUGCCUGUAGGGGUCAUUAGCAUUUGGGAGGUUAUCAGAUUUGAUCUAGGAAAGGGGAGAAUAGCAGCAGUUCCUUGGAUCAAGAGUCCCUCACUGGCAUCAAGGCAUCACCCUUGGAUGCUAAAAUUAUCUCAAAGUUGUUGUCCAUAAUUUUUUUAAUUAUAUAUUUAAUUUUUGUUGCAGUUCUUGUUGAGCUGUUAUGAUGUCAUAAUAUUGAUGACAUUCUCAAGUGCAAGCAUUGUAUCACUUUUAUUGACAAGUCACUUGUGUAAUAAGUUUAGUAAGGUAAAAGAACAAGUUUGAUAAUAUUUGCUAGAUCAGUGUUCAAUUUAUUGAAGUUGUAGUUUCUCUAUAAUGCAAGUUUUCUUUUAUGUGAAUGAUUAUUUAGUAAUGUCAUGGCAUUUCACAUUCUGUACAGUUAUUUUGAAAGGAUCUUAAAUUUUAAAGAUGCCUGUACUUAAAGGUUACAUUUCUAACAAAGGAAAGUCAUUUGUUUGAGUGAUAAAAUGACUGAAUUGUAAAUAUUUAAUACGUCCUGUUUUUUAUGCUUAUAAAUACUAAGCCAUGUUAUGCUGUCGUGUGACAUUGGUGAUGUGCACAGCACUACAGCAGCUGCUGCUGCUCAUCUAAAGGUAAAUAAGCAAUGAUGAUGUUUCAACAUAGGGCUCAUAGUGACAACAAUUAUCUAGUCAGGAGUUGAUGAGAUGCAGUUGUUUUACCUAGUUUUAAACUGCCAGACGAAUUUGUUAUAGGAGCACAUGGUAGUUGGUGUUAGCACACAACUCGGCUAACAUACGAUCACAGUACAGAAAUCUAAUAUGAAACCAGUUGGGAAAAAUUUAAAAACGAUUUAAGUUUUUCAAGGCACAGAUAAACCUUGAACCAGCAUUCUCCAAUUCACUGAUGCAUCACCGACUACUGGACAGUAGGCUACAGUCUGGUAGCGAGUGAUGAACCAGUCAGCUCUGAGACUGUAGGUUGGAGGCUUGUUCAUAAGGUGAGAAAAUAGCUAUGAAAGCAGUUGUAUCAAAAAUUUAGAAAAGACACUUAACUGCCUGCACUGAUAGCAUAGGAAAAUAAAGAUGUUUCAGCAGAUCUUUAUUAAAUGUUAUUUGUA